GGGGGAAAGAAUAUGAAUAAAAUAAGUAGCAAACUACAUACCAAAUUCAUAUACCCCUUUGAUGGGGAUAAAAAAAAAAGAAAACAACUAACCAAGCUCUGGAAAACCAUGGAAUCAAAUCUUCCCUCAGCGCCCCCUUCAUCACCAUACAAAAGCGCGCCAAUAGAAUAUCUCCCCACAGAGAUCAAAAUCGAGAUAUUAAGUCAGCUCCCCGAUCUCGCGUCGCUCCGCGAUUUGGUCAAGGCAUCUCCCCAUUUCCACAGCGUCUACCUGUUUGACCGUAGGCGAAUUUUACGCCAUUUACUAGCUCGGACGACGCCGCGGCCCAUUUUCCUCGAGGUGCUUUCACUAGCGGCAUUGCGUCGGGCGGCUGAUUGUGAUUCUCUGCCGCUGAAGGACGAGGUGGAGAUCCUGGGUCUCGCCAAGGGGUUUCUGAAUACAUAUGAUGAGUUACGUGGGUUGUCGCAGGAGUUUGUUGAGAAUGUUCGUGAGACGACGCAAAAGGUCGGUGCAGAUGUGGAAGUUGAGGAAAAGGAGGAAGUAGAGAAAAGGAGCAUUAAUGGGGUGACCUUCACAUAUUCAAAGGGUGACGGGUUAUCAGCUCAGUUCGCCGCGUUGUUGUUGGAUGAACUUCUCGCCGUCGUUCGACAACACUUUAUUGUACGCGCGAUGACAGAAGACAUUGUGCGUUCUUGUCUGAGACUCAACCCUUUUACGGGAAAAAGGCAUCGUGGUAAGAGCAAUGACCAUGAGAGCGGCAGCGGUGGUGGUAGCGAUGAUGGGAUCCUCCCACUCUCCAGAAGCGAAACAUGCCGCAUUUACCGUGCUUUGUACCGCUUAGAAUUACUGGCAGUCAUGCACACGCGCUGGGGGGUGCGCUAUCCAAACCAUCACAUCGCAUUCCUCAACUUCUUAUCGCCGUGGGAGAUAGAAGAGAUCCACUGUAUCAGGAAUUACAUGUACCAAAUAUUCCUCACGAGCAGUUCGGAAACGAGCGCCUCUUCCAAUAACAGCGUACUCGAUUGUCAGGUACGAGUGAUAAAUAGUAAUAAAGCCAGAUGUGAAAGGAGAGGAAGAGCCAGUGGCGUUGGUAUUGGCAUUGGCGGACCAGACGUGGACGACGAUGUCUAUUUUGACCUCGCUGUCGACGACCAGCGAGAACAAUACCUGGCUCGCGGUCUCGAAUUUCUCUGGCGAUGGUUCCAAGCAUCUGAUCAGUAUGAAUCCAGCCCAGUUACGAAGCACAUCACAAGCACAGACGUAAACAACAGUCUAAUGGACCCGUCGCAACACCGUAAGAUUAAUCCCAGCAUCUCCGCAAUCGAGAGUAACCCAACAAGUGCUUCAUUUUUCCUAACUCGGGCCCUGAAUCCGAAUAUUGUGGGGGUUUUCCGCCCUGUCAGAGCGUCAGAGACGUUUACCUCCGAUGCAGAUUGGUCAAGGCCGAAUUUGGGCUGGGCGUGGUUGCACAAGAAGAACUCGAAGUAUUUGUGCCAGAUGCAUAAUUGCUAUAAUAGGAAAUGGGGAUACGUGUUUUGGGACCAGAAGAGGUUGACGCAGAUGGGGAUGACGGAGGAGAUGAGAAUGGAGUAUGCGCCGUUUGUUGAUUGAUAAUUUGCUGGUGAGAGUUAACUUGAAGUAGCUAAUUUGCUGACCCAUUGUUUUUCUGGCGUUGGGCGGUGGGCGUGCAGGGCUUUGUUCUUCUGGUGAGUCAGUUGGGAAGGAAUAUAUCUGUCUAUAUAUAUAUAUGAACAAGCGUGGGUCGGUAGUAAUAUCUAAUGUUUAGAUUCAUUUUUCAAAAGAUGCCAGUUUUCUGGUUCGAAUGUAGGCUUUUCCAUCACAGCGUUUCCAUCUCGGAGUAGGAAGCAUUAGCAGCGAUUAGCAAAGAUGCUUAGUGCUACCCAUAGCUAUAU